CUGCACUCGUUUCCGGUUCAACAUGGCGGCAUCCGUGACAUCCACGACGACCCGCGCCGCUGUGCGAGCGCGGCUGCUGCUCCGCGGGACCGAGCUGACGAGGGUGAGCCCCAGAAGAUGGCUAAACCUGCAGGAGUUCCAGAGUAAGAAGCUGAUGCGGGAGUGUGGCGUGAGCGUCCAGCGGUUCUUCGUGGCUGACACGCCUGCUGAGGCCCUGGAGGCAGCCAAGAGACUGAAUGCUAAGGAGAUUGUACUGAAGGCUCAGAUUUUGGCAGGUGGCCGAGGUAAAGGACUCUUUGACAGUGGCCUGAAAGGUGGAGUGCACUUAACCAAAGACCCUGCAGUGGUGGGAGAUCUGGCCAGUAAAAUGCUUGGUUUCCACCUGACCACCAAACAGACGCCUAAGGAGGGUGUGAAGGUUAAAACAGUGAUGGUGGCCGAGGCUCUGGACAUCUCCAGGGAGACCUAUUUUGCGAUUCUGAUGGACCGUUCGUGUAACGGACCCGUGAUGGUGGGAAGUCCUCAGGGGGGGAUGGACAUUGAGGAGGUCGCGGACAGAACACCCGAACUCAUCUUUAAGGAAACCAUAGAUAUUUUUGAAGGUGUUCGAGAUGACCAGGCCCAACGUAUGGCUGCUAAUUUGGGCUUCAGAGGGCCGUUGGAGAAACAGGCAGCUGAGCAGAUGAAGAAACUCUAUGAACUCUUUGUCAAAGUGGACGCCACUCAAGUGGAAGUCAAUCCUCUCGGGGAGACUCCUGAAGGACAGGUCGUGUGCUUCGACGCCAAAAUCAACUUCGACGACAAUGCGGAGUUCCGGCAGAAAACCGUGUUUGCCAUGGACGAGACGGACGAGAGCGACCCCAUGGAAACGGAGGCAGCAAAGUAUGACCUCAAAUAUAUUGGCCUGGACGGCAACAUCGCCUGCUUUGUUAAUGGUGCCGGCCUCGCCAUGGCGACAUGUGACAUCAUCGACCUGCAUGGCGGGAAACCAGCCAACUUCCUGGACCUGGGGGGAGGGGUAAAGGAGAACCAGGUGUAUGCAGCGUUUAAGCUCCUCACAGGUGACCCAAAGGUGGAGGCCAUUCUGGUGAAUAUAUUUGGAGGGAUUGUAAACUGUGCCAUCAUCGCCAACGGCAUUACAAAAGCCUGCAGAGAACUGGAGCUCAAGGUGCCCCUGGUUGUCCGGCUGGAAGGGACAAACGUGAAGGAGGCUAAGAGGAUCCUGGCUGAGAGUGGAUUGUCCAUCACCGCCGCCAACGACCUCGAUGAUGCCGCCCAGAAAGCAGUUGCCGCCAUCACCAAGAAAUAACGCCCACAGCACAGACGCAAACGAGAAAUAACGCCCACAGCACAGACGCAAACGAGAAAUAACGCCCACAGCACAGACGCAGUCUUCCUCAGACCUCUUCAUCAUUCAAACCCCUGCAGACACACACACUUGCUCAGACACGUGACGAGAUCGUGUUUAUCUGUCCUCUCUCUUCACAGUCCGUUCGGUCAUUCAUCCCUGCC